GCCGGAGGCCUGGCGGUAUGCUGUGUCCCCGUGCCCAGCGUGGUGGCGGCCUCGGGCGCGAGUUGGGCGGGGGCUGGCUGUCACUCAAGCGCCCUUGGGCACACCGUCCUGCGGGCUGCUGAGCACUCUGCUCGGGCUGACAGUUGCCGGCUGCCCCAAAGCCGAGCUGGUCUGCCUUGGCCCUCGGCCCUGCACCUCAGCCCGGGAGCUGUGCAGUGAGGAACAUAGAGGCAAAUGUGUUUUCUAAAGAUGAGCAGCCCACGAGGGUGGGCCGAGGAUGGGGCUCAGUUGGCAGCGUGUUUCUGCGCCCAGCACCGGAUCAGAUCCAGCGUGCUUGGUGCCCGCCUGUAAUCCCAACCUGUGUUUAAGGCCAUCCUCCGCUACGUAUUAAGUUUGAAGCCAGCCUGGGCUACGUGUGGCCCGUCUCAAAAACUAAAUGAAAUAAAUAAGUGAUAAGAGACCAUGGAGGCCUGAUACCCUUGAAGAAUGGCAGAGGCAGUCUUCCGUGCCCCGAAGAGGAAAAGAAGAGUAUAUGAGAGUUAUGAGUCACCACUGCCCAUCCCCUUUGGUCAGGACCAAGGUCCCAGGAAGGAAUUCCGAAUAUUCCGAGCUGAAAUGAUUAGCAACAAUGUGGUAGUCAGGGGCAUGGAGGACAUGGAACAGCUGUAUGGAAAGGGCUACUUUGGAAAAGGCAUUCUUUCAAGAAGCCGUCCGAACUUCACAAUCUCCAGUCCCAAGCUGGCUGCCAGAUGGAAAGGUGUGCAGACAGACAUGCCCAUAAUCACCUCAGAGAAGUUUCAGCAUCGAGUGGAAUGGGCCAUGGACUUCAUGCAUAGACAGGGCCACGAUGAGAGCACUGUGCAGAAGACCCUCACAGACUACAUAGAACCACUUGAACUUCCUUGCAGAAAGGGGGAAGAAGAGGCCCCGCGGCAUGACCCGCUGAGUUCUGAGGCCAGCUCCUCCCUGGAAGGCAGAGUGGGAAAGGAUGAACUCUUCGUGACCACUGGAGGUGCUGGACAGUCAGAUGACCAACAGGGUCUUAACACACACUCAACGGACUGCCUGCAGGAGGGGCCUGGCCAUGCCACACUCACUGUGGCUAGUCCAUCUAGCCUUAAUGGACAUGUGGUAGAGGACACCACAGUUCUGCCCCAGGUCCCCAGCCACAGGCAGGAAGUCCUCAUUCCUCAGGCUGGCCUGUGGCCUGAAGACAGCAGCCAGGCAGCAGGAGAGAGGCGGGCUGCUCAUGAGUAUGUCCUCGUAGAGGAAGAGCUGUGUGCUGUCCAGGAGGCAGAGGCGGCCCCAGAUGAGAAGUUGCUGCAAAGAAAGAGACUAGUGUGCAGAAGAAAUCCAUACAGGAUCUUUGAGUAUCUGCAGCUCAGCCUAGAAGAGGCUUUCUUCCUGGCCUACGCCCUGGGAUGUUUAAGUAUUUACUAUGAGAAGGAGCCUUUAACAAUAGUGAAGCUCUGGCAAGCCUUCACUGCAGUCCAGCCCACCUUCAGGACCACCUACAUGGCCUACCACUACUUCCGAAGCAAAGGCUGGGUACCCAAAGUGGGGCUCAAGUAUGGAACAGAUCUGUUGCUGUAUCGGAAAGGCCCCCCAUUUUACCACGCAAGCUAUUCUGUCAUCGUUGAGCUCGUGGACGACAACUUUGAGGGCUCCCUCCGCAGACCUUUCAGCUGGAAGUCAUUGGCCGCCUUGAGCAGAGUCUCAGGGAACGUCUCUAAGGAGCUGAUGCUGUGCUACCUGAUUAAACCCUCUACCAUGACUAGCGAAGACAUGGAGACCCCAGAAUGCAUGAAGAGGAUUCAAGUUCAGGAGGUGAUUCUCAGCCGAUGGGUUUCUUCACGUGAGAGAAGUGACCAAGAUGAGCUUUGACCUUUCAACCUCAGAGUCUGCCAUUCACCAUAAACUCUGACUGUGUGGUAUCCGUCUUCUCUGAAGGAGCAUCAGCACAUUUGGGGGUCAUAGUCCCAUGUUCUGUUGCUUUGAAUGGAAAAUCUUCUGCUUGGCUCAGCUCACCCAAGGACUUGAACCAGUAACCCAAAUAAUUGAAAAUCAAUGAUGGUCUGGAAGCCUUGAAAUACUGAGUGACUGAUGCAUUCUCAGUGAACUCAUUAUUUGACAUGUUUGCAUGUUGAACACAAUAUUAUACAGUAUUAGCUAUUUAAAAUGCAGCUUGCACCAGGUAGAGGUGUCGCACACCUUUAAUCCCAGCACUUGGGAGGCAGAAGCAGGCGGAUCUCUGAGUUCAAGUCCAGCCUGGUCUACAAAAUAAGUCCAGAAAAAAUUUGUCUUCUUUGGGGAACUUUUUAUAAAAUAAAAAUAAGCAGUGAAGCUUUUGGAAAGGUAACAAAUGCAGUUUACAUCUAGCAGAACAAGACAUCAUUCCCCUCUUCCCAUGGGUUAGAAAGCAGAGAAACUGUUGCCUGAGGGGAAUGAGGGCAUCUUAGUCAGUUUUUAUGUUUCCAUAGCAGAAUGCUUAAUACUAGAUAGGACGUAAAGAAAAGGGCUUAUUUGGUUCAUGACUUUCGUGGCUGGAAAGUCAUGGCACAGGUCUGCCACUUGAUGGCAUCAUAGUAUUCUGGAGAAGUGGAAAGGGGCAUGACCAGUGGGGAUGGGGAUACAGCUCUCUAACCAGUCUGGGGAACCAACCCAUCCUUAAGAACUGCAUUAACCCUGCAGGCCUCGCUCCUGCCCUCACACACGUUAGGCCUCAUGAUCUGAAGAUGAGGUUCAGUAAUGCAGCUCCUCCCUGCCCCAGGCUCCCAGCGAGCAUCAGUGGGCUAUACGGAUGUGCUUGCUCCCAGUUCAGUUUUGCUGACUUUUUUUUUUUUUUUUUUUUAGCAUUUUUACCAUCGUGUGCUUCCCCCAGGCUCCUGAGCAGAGAUUUCUUGUGGUUUCUUGUUGUUUUGAGUCAUCAGUUUUCAGAACUUUUAAAGUCAACUGAAAGUUUGAGGAGCCGCUUCACAUAUUUCAUUUAGUCCUGCACAGGGCUUGGAUGUACUGCAGUCUGAACUCUUCCAAGAAUACUUCACCCAGUGCUGUUGCCUGUCUCAUGCCAUCUCAGGUGCCUCCAAGGGUGAGUGUGCCCCCAAGUAUACAGACUUCAGUAACUGUGUGGUAUGGAAAGCCCAGGAGACCACAGGUACCACUUGUCACUGAAAGCCGUGGAAGAGCAUCUUGAGCUGGGACAGAGUGGGGAGCAAAAUGAGGCCUUGGGUUUGGUGCCACCACUGGGGAAGGGGAGGGGAGAGCAGCGUUGCAGAGACGCUGUCCUCUUGCGUGGUUUGGCUGGGGCUGCUGGGGACUCAGGCCUUGCCCGUGCUAGGUCAGAGUUUACGGCUGAUAGGUCCCCAACCCCAGAAGCAGUGUCUCUAAUCAAGCCUGUGUAGAGAUGGUUCUUCUUUGCAUGGUUGACUUGGACAUGUAUAGCAAACCUCGUGCUCUUCUGCAUUACCAUAGAGCCCUUGGGGUACAGGACUGAAAUACCGGCAGAGGUGUUGAUUCAGUACCACCUGUGGCCUCCAGCCAAUACCAGUGUUAGCUUACCCUUGGAGGGCUUGUGCCCUUCUGAAACGUAUGUGCAAGACAAGACAUUUGUUUUAAAAGCCCAAGUUCAUCAAGAUUAGAAAUUUGCCCUGUGACAAAGCCGCUUCGGGACUUUGACAAGUGCGAUGCCAUAGCCUAACUCAGCAGAGUUGUCUUCCCAUACCUUCCGAGCCUCAGGCUCACAGGAGUCUCUUGUAGAUGAACUUUUACACAGAAAUAAAUGCCUCAGGGUUGAAGCUCAGAGGAUGUGAAGGAGUCAGUUCUCUCCUUCCAUCAUGUGGGUCACAGGGAUUAAUCUCUGGUCAUUAAGAUUAGCCACAAGUGGCCUCACCUACUAAACUCCACCAGCCCAGAUGUUUAACCCACCAAUUUCUCUUGAAUAAUUGUUGUUUUGUAAAGUACUAGAAGGUUUAAAGCAGGUUGACCACUGUGCAAAAUAUAGGGAUCUCCCACCUAAAAAUACAUAAUGGGGAAAAAAGCAUUUAUAAACCUGUUAAAGUAA